CAAGGGUUGAGAUUUCUGCCCUUCUUGUAUUUUUAAUCCUUGGGAGUUUUGGGUGUUUUAAAUGCUUGUUUUUAAGAACCUUCAUGCCUUCGACAUUCAUCCAUAGUAGAAAACUUAUGCAACCCCAGCCUGCUGGUCUGAAGCAAACCCUUUGCAGAUUUGGUGUGGAUUUAAACAAAGAGGCUGUCCCGGGGUAGCUGGAACGAAGGCUGCGGUGCAGACGGCCAAACCAGGUAAUCUUCACAUUCCUGGAGUUAAUCUUUGUCUACUGGAGCGUUGGAGCCGGGAGGGUCGGAAAGAGCGGCCAAACUGAGGCCUAGAUUGGUGACAGCAGCAGCCCGGCCAGGCUUCUCCAACGAGCCAGCUAGGCGCCACACUUAAGGACCUCAACCAGCGCGCUCCCCAGCUCCGACCUUCGGUGCUGGGAACCUGCGGCCGCAGUUGUAGAUCUCACGAUGCCUUGGGAAUCCCCCAGACUUGGACAUGUGAGGAGACAACGCUUUGUGGAGAGAAUUAACCAGGAGACAAUUGUGCCUGGGGACACAGGACCUGGGCCAGUACGAGUCCACCUGGAGCCCCACGCGCCCCAAGUCAACGAGGGUGGAGAGGAUUAGCCAAGACUGAGGAUGCACAGGUCUCCGCGUUGGCAGCGGCGCUGGCGACUGAUUCAGAAGAUUUGGAAAGCCGAAAUUGCUUGGUUGGAAACCCCGUGCGCCCCUCCUCCCGCGCACACGCGGAUUCCCGGAGCACGUAAGCAGCGGGCCCUGCACGCCUCCGUGGGCCAAGGUCACCGAAUGACCUCCCCAACCCCCUCAGUCAUCAAUCCUGGCUCUGACCGCUCCGAUUCCCCCAACUCCCUUCCAAGAAGUUUCCAUUCGUUUUAUUACUUUUUUUUUUCCCUCCAGCCCGAGGUCCUUAAUGAUGGACUCCAGCGUGGAUUUUAAUUGCCUCAAUCAGCGGUCUUUCUCCCCAGCCGUCAGUCACAGCCUGGACAGUGGUCCAGCGAUCUAGCCCUGGGCUGCACAGGAACCGUGCGCCCCGGGGGACGGCGCGGUUCACUAGGCAGGCAUUGGGCUCUACUAAGGAGCCUAAUCCGUCAGCGGAUAGGCGCCCUCCCCUCCGCGUCUCCCCCCAACACACACAAUCUCAGGAAAGGUCCCUGAUUCUGGCUAGGUGGCCCGAGCUCUCUCGAGGUCGCAGCGACCUCAGCACCGGCUUGGAGGAAGGAGGCACGCGAACUGCGCUUCCUUCCGCACAGCCGGAGCCAGACUUCAAACAAUCUACCAAUCGAUGCGUACAUAAAACUCGUCUCGGCCGCUCUACCCGCCUCGCCGAGGUCUCCCCAGUUCGCCCCUGGCUGAGGCCAGGGCUCUGCCUACUGCGGUAGCACCCUGGACAGCGCGCCCCGGAGGACAGGGACAGCCGACACUUCACGCCUACUGCUCCCCGGGGACGCGCCUGCACGCCUCCCACCCCCUCGCUGUGACUCCAGCUUGCACGCACUGUCUGCCUCGCGUCCUCACGAUUCAGCUCCCUCCCUCUCCCAUUUUUUCUCUUCGCCGCCCCCUCAUCCACCCCACUGGGCUCUCUCUCCCUCAAAACCUCUCUGGCGCUCUGCGCUUUCCUAUCUCCAGACUGUGAGGACCUUUCUGUCCCCUUCCCUGCUUAAAUUCCACGGCUUCCCCAGAGAUGCCAGGUCCCUAAACCCUAACUCCAACACACACGCACACGCUGACACGCACGUUUUUUGUCCCUGUGUGACACCCAACCUUACCGCGCGGCCCCGCAGGUCCCCGUGCGGUGCCCUCCUCCCGCCACACACAGGCGCGCGCGCACAGGGCCGAGUUGAAGGCAGCUGGUACGCAGCUGACACUCGGAGGCGACCUGCUCCGGUUUCGCAUCGCCGAUGGCAGCUCCCGGCUCCGGCUUUUGGUCCUUCGGGUCUGAGGAUGGCUCCGGGGAUCCCGAGAAUCCCGGCACAGCGAGAGCCUGGUGCCAAGUGGCUCAGAAGUUCACGGGCGGCAUCAGCAACAAGCUGUGUGCCCUGCUUUACGGGGACGCAGAGAAGCCAGCAGAGAGCGGCGGGAGCGGGCCCCCGCGGGCCGCCGCCAGAAAGGCCGCCUGCGCCUGCAACCAGAAACCCUGCAGCUGCCCCAAAGCGGAUGUCAACUACGCAUUUCUACACGCAACAGAUCUGCUGCCAGCUUGUGAUGGAGAAAGGCCCACUUUGGCGUUUCUGCAAGAUGUUGUGGACAUUUUGCUUCAGUAUGUGGUGAAGAGUUUCGAUAGAUCGACCAAAGUGAUUGAUUUCCAUUAUCCUAAUGAGCUUCUUCAGGAGUAUAAUUGGGAACUGGCAGAUCAACCACAAAAUUUGGAGGACAUUUUGACGCAUUGCCAAACAACUCUAAAGUAUGCAAUUAAAACAGGGCAUCCCAGAUAUUUCAAUCAACUUUCCACCGGAUUGGAUAUGGUCGGAUUAGCAGCAGACUGGCUGACGUCAACAGCAAACACUAACAUGUUCACCUAUGAAAUUGCUCCAGUAUUUGUGCUUUUGGAAUAUGUCACGCUAAAGAAAAUGAGAGAAAUCAUUGGCUGGCCAGGGGGCUCUGGCGAUGGGAUAUUCUCUCCUGGUGGUGCCAUUUCGAACAUGUACGCCAUGAUGAUCGCACGUUUUAAGAUGUUCCCGGAAGUCAAGGAGAAAGGGAUGGCUGCUGUUCCCAGGCUCAUUGCCUUCACCUCGGAGCAUAGUCAUUUUUCUCUCAAGAAGGGAGCUGCAGCCUUAGGGAUUGGAACAGACAGCGUGAUUCUGAUUAAAUGUGAUGAGAGAGGGAAAAUGAUCCCAUCUGAUCUUGAAAGAAGAAUCCUUGAAGCCAAACAAAAUAGAUUUGUCCCUUUCCUCGUGAGUGCCACGGCCGGAACCACCGUGUACGGAGCAUUUGAUCCCCUCUUGGCUGUUGCUGACAUUUGCAAAAAGUAUAAGAUCUGGAUGCACGUGGAUGCAGCUUGGGGCGGGGGAUUACUGAUGUCCCGAAAACACAAGUGGAAGCUGAGCGGCGUGGAGAGGGCCAACUCUGUGACGUGGAAUCCACACAAGAUGAUGGGGGUCCCUUUGCAGUGCUCUGCUCUCCUGGUUAGAGAAGAGGGAUUGAUGCAGAAUUGCAACCAAAUGCAUGCCUCCUACCUUUUUCAACAAGAUAAACAUUAUGACCUGUCCUAUGACACCGGAGACAAAGCUUUACAGUGUGGACGCCAUGUCGAUGUUUUUAAAUUAUGGCUGAUGUGGAGGGCAAAGGGAACUACUGGGUUUGAAGCACAUGUCGAUAAGUGUUUGGAGCUGGCAGAGUAUUUGUACAAUAUCAUAAAAAACCGAGAAGGAUAUGAGAUGGUGUUUGACGGGAAGCCUCAGCACACCAAUGUCUGCUUCUGGUAUAUACCUCCAAGUUUGCGUACUCUGGAAGACAACGAAGAGAGAAUGAGUCGCCUCUCAAAGGUGGCUCCAGUAAUUAAAGCCAGAAUGAUGGAGUAUGGAACCACCAUGGUAAGCUACCAACCCUUGGGAGACAAGGUCAAUUUCUUCCGCAUGGUCAUCUCAAACCCCGCAGCAACUCACCAAGACAUUGACUUCCUGAUUGAAGAAAUAGAACGCCUUGGACAAGAUUUAUAAUAACCUAGCUCGUCAAGCUGUUUCAUUUCUCUAGGUAGACAAUUAAGUUGUCCCAAACUGUGUGAAUGUAUUUGUAGUUUGUUCCAAAGUAAAUCUAUUUCUAUAUUGUGAUGUGCGAGUAGAGUUCAAAAAAAUCAGAAGAACAUUGCUCCUUUUAAAAAUCCUUUCUUAAGUUUAGAAUACCUCUCUAAUAAUAAUUAGCGACAAAAGGCUGUGUUCUAAUCAAUAAGGAAAAGCUUAAAAUUAUUAUAAAUACUUCCCUUAGUUUUAAUAUAGUGUGCAAAUCAAACUUUAUUUUCACUUCAGAGUAGUAGGACUGAAUAGUGCCAAAUUGCCCCUGAAUCAUAAAAGGUUCUUUGGGGUGCAGUGAAAAGGAUAAAGUAAAUAUAAAAUGUAUGUUGACAAUAAAAACUCUUGCCUUUUUCAUAGUAUUAGAAAAAAAAAAUUUCUAAUUUACCUAUAGCAACAUUUCAAAUGUAUUUAAAUACAUAUAAUUUUACAAAAGGAAAAUAUAUAUAUUAAAAAAGAAAUCCUAUUUUGUAACAUAUAGAUUUUUAUUUUAUAUGGGUUAUACACACUGCAGGGGCAGAUAUAAAACAUGAAGCCAGAUUUUCUUUUUCCUCUUUCCUUUAAUGGAGGUACCAUCAAACACAGCAAAGUUAUUAUGAAAUGCAGGCCCACAAAAAUUCUUAAAAGGUAUAAUUCCUUCUAUCUAUGCACAUUCUAGCUUAACACAUUUCCAAAGUCAGUAUUUCAAAAGAAACACAAGUUCUUUAAAAUGAUUAGAUUGGCAAUGAGAUUCUCUUCCCAGAUUCUCCACCCAGUUGACCCUAAGCAGACUCACUUUGGCAAGCCAGCUCCACCUUAGAUUAAAUUAGGUAUGUCUCUAUUGCGCUUCCCAAUUCAGCCUGCUUUGAACAGAAUGUUGAUGCUGGUUCUUGAGGCAUCUUCCCAAACAGUAUUCUUUUAUUAGGUCAUCUGGAUUAAUUAGAGAAAAAUAAAAUUAAUCAGCAUGAGCAAAGAGGAAAGAAGCACAUUCCCAGAAUAUGGUGAGCCUAGAAAAUUAAUUAAAAUUAAAAUCAGCCUUGGGAGAAAGGAUCUCUGUGUGACAGUCAUGACAUCAUGCUGGAUGCUGUAUUGGUGUUGUCCAGGAAAGAGAAAUUUACCUCCUGAGUUAUUGCUUAUUUUUAUUCCCUCCUCAUUCCUACCCACAAAAGUCUCUCCUGCUAGAUUCCCUUAUCACUAGGAUCACAAAUAAUUUCUAUUCCAUGGGUGGUGAUUUCCCUUUCAUGAAAUAAGCUCCUUGCCCUACAUUUUGAGAUCUCAACCUAACACCUUCUCUCCUCUGUCUCUGGUCAAGAUAUAAAGUGACUAUCAUGUGCAGAGGUAAUAAGAUCCUCAGAAUCCAAAAUAUUAAUAAUAUUUUUAAAACAUUCUUCUUCCCCUGCAAACCCGAUGGAGAGACAUGAGCUAACAAAAAUUUUUCAGGGAUAUUUAGGGGGGCACAGAUUGUCAGAUCCCAAGUGCUAUAGGAGAACCAUAAACUUUUAUAUGCAGGCUGCAAAUAAAAAGUUAGAAAUAUUUGCCCUUUCUAUAUGGACCAGGCAUUUCAAUGGUCAGAAACUACUUUCCAGGUGCACAGGUGAAAAGAGAGGGUAUUAUCCUACAGCCAGUAGAAAUGCCCUUUGUAUAACCACAGGAGCCAGCCAUCUAAAAUCUUUACAAGCUUGUCCCCCUACAUACACAUUAUUUCUCCCAGGUUAUAUACAAAAACACUGAUGCUUGAUAUGAACAUGGCUUUGGGCCCUUUCUGUCUAGAAAAGAGAUGGAUUCACUGUGACAAUUACAAAUAAAUUCUUCAUCUGAGAGGCAGAGUUUCAUGAAGGAAUAGCCUCCCCUUCUAGGCUUUGUCUAAUGGCCAAGCAUCCCUUUCCUUUCUAGAAAAUUGGCUGGUGAGAAUAAGCACAUAGCUGCCCAUAUGUCUUGAGUCUCAGGACCGAAGUUGCCACCGUGGAGGCAGAGUCAUUAGCGGAUCCAACCUGCCAUCUUGCUUUGAGAAGUUGGUGGUGCGACCCCUCUCUACCCCAGGAUGCAGAUCCUACAUUAUCAAGUGCUGCUUUUCAGAUUAAUGGGUUGACAGAAUUUAAAAGGACAAUGUGUGCCUGUGUAUGAAAUUCCAGCAAAACAAUUUUAACCAAUAGGUUAAAUUUGUUUUAACCACAGCCCCCACUUCCAAGUCCUUCCUCAAAUUUGAUGAGAGCCUUGCUCAGACCUAUGCAGGGAAGUCCCUGCCAACCACUGCCCAGGGAAGGGAAACAUAAAAGCCUAGUGAUUCCCACUAGUUUAAUAAAUACUCUUUAAAGUAGGAUUGUAAUCUUCUCAGGAAAGAGGCUAGAUGAAGGAAGGAAGAAAGGAAGGAAGGAACAAGGAGGGAGGGAAGGAAGGAAGAUUGUUUUGAAUAUUAGUCCAAAUUCCCAGUGCCAAAGGCCUUUUGGAGACCAUCCUUUAUAAAUUUUAGAAAAGCUUGGUUUUAGCUUUAAUCAGAAUGGACAUGGGAUUUUCAUUUAUACAGCAAUAUUAUGUUUAUUAUUUAAGAUACUUGAAAAAUAAAAGUGUGAUAUGUCUUUAUCUGAGACCUGACCAUGGGACGGACUUCAUGUAUUGUCACGGGAUGCGAGGAAAGGAAAGGAAAUCAAUUGUGUGUGACUGUGUUGCCUUUAUUAUAUUGAUAGGGUACUGUCUUGUCACCUCAAAUUGGGGUCGUGCACUUUAGAUCUGAACUGUACCGUGUUGCAAAUCAACAUGUGUUUCUGUGAAAGCUUGUACAAUAUAUUAUUGGUAUGUCUUUUUCUGUGUGGUAGCUGUAUUGAACUUUGAUAUUAUGAAAACACGUGCAUCUGUUACUGCCCUCUCUCUUUCCAAAACUCGACGCCCUCCACAUCAGCUCUGAUAGAGAAUAUGCCCCCAGCUAAGCCCUGUCCCGAGAAACCUUCUUUGAGAAUUGUAUGAUUUCACAAAAUGUAAGGCAAACACCACUUUGUCUCUAAGGGUAGAGGAACCCAACGAGGGAGCAUCACAAUCGCAGGUGUUGACUCUGCUGGGCGUUGCUGGAGAUGCUACUCCUCCAAUUAUGGACAAAGAAAGCACAGGUGUAAAUAUAGUAGCAAGACAGCGAUCGAGGACCCUCACACCGGGUAUCAUCUUGCACGUGCUCUUCUGUUUUCAAAUGCUAAAUGCAGACACCGUGUAUGUAUUAGUUACGUGCGCCAAAAUACUGUUCCCAAUUGGUGUUUCUGAAUGGCAUUGACAUUCCAUUACUAAAGACAGAAAACAAUAAAAAAAAUAAGCUAUACAAACACGUGGCAACCUGUUCUUCUUACCAAUAUAAACUGUGUAUGAUCAAAGUAUUUUAUCUGUGUUGUCUCUCUAAACCCAAAUAAAUGUGUAAGCGUG